AUGGAGCCGGACAAUGCCCCGUACUCCAAACUCAAAACCACUGGAGUCGGGGGGAAAGUUCUGAUUCUUUGGACUAUACUCUGCUGCACCUGCUCUCUUAGACUGGCACAAGCACAAGAUGUGGACGUUCUGCAGCAGCUCGGGCUUUCUGGGCGGAGGGCAGGCGGGUUGUCGUCUUCAGGUGCUCGAUCCACCCCUAAUGGCAUCAUCCCCUUCAAGUCUGGAGUUAUUCUCACUCCGAGGGCACGUGUACAGGUGCCUGUGCACACUGUUAUCCCUGCUACUUACAACUCUGCCAAUCUCUCCCUGAUUCUUAGCCUAUCUGUUCAUCGUAUCAACAGCGCUUUUCUUUUCUCAGUUCUGUCUAAGAAAAGGAAAUUGCAGCUUGGAGUGCAGUUUACACCGGGGAAGAUACUGGUACACGUGGGGCAGAGGAGCUCUGUUAGUUUUGACUAUGAUGUCCAUGAUGGCCAGUGGCAUAGUUUGGCCUUGGAUAUCCGAGGCCAUCAGGUGUUUUUACAUACGUCUUGUGGAAAGAAAAGUGUUCAUGCAGAUUUGCAUUCAAAAAAAGUGGAGGCUCUGGAUCCAGAGGGCUCUUUCCUGCUGGGUAAAAUGAACCACAACUCGGUGCCAUUUGAAGGCGCCAUCUGUCAGUUUGACUUUUAUCCCUCUGCAGAGGCAGCUCAUAAUUAUUGUGAUUACAUUAAGAAACAUUGCAGAGAAGCCGACACAUAUCGGCCCCUGUUUGCACCCCUGCUACCUCUAUUUUCCACAGAUCCAAAUAUUACUGUCACUCAUAUAACUCCACUGUCAUUGACGGAACUAUCCAAAAAGGCUCAGAGACCCUCUUUGGCCGUGAUUGAGGAAAACACCAGGACUAAGAUUCUUGAUCGCUCAAUGCUGAACAAAAUGUUUUUGUAUCAGACUGUGAGCACACCAAAACCCGGUGCUGUGUCUGUUUCUCCACCAGUCUAUCCAGGGUUGGAAAGUCCGGUAAAGUUUCCGACUCAGACUGUCACUACGUCUCUUAGGAUCAGUGUGACACGACCAACCCAGAAACCAACUUUAAAUGGCAGUGCUGGUAAGGAUGCAAACCUAGGAGAUGAUGACCCCCGGAAACCUUCUGGGAAAAGUAUGGAUUUACCUGCUUCCACUAGACCAUCAGAGAUGAAGCCAAACCUCCGGACCACAGCUGCUUCCACACAGGGGUCUCCUUCAAAAGCCUACCGUCUCCAUAAGAAGCAGUUGACCACAGUAGCUCCAAAGAAACCUGAGCCAAAAUUUACCAGCAUGCAGGAUGUUAAACCCACCUCGUUUAUUCCAGUCACUCCAGCUGCGACAGAUGGCUUCCAAACAUUUGACCUGGAACCAACCCAGUUUUCACUGCUGGCUGGACCACCUGGACUAAAGGGACAACCAGGACCGCCGGGCCUUCAAGGACUUCCAGGGUUGCCAGGAAAGCCAGGGAAGAGGGGCCCGCGGGGUCCUCCUGGCCCACAUGGAAACCCUGGUCGCCCUGGAUAUCCUGGACUGAAGGGGCAAAAAGGAGAUCCUGGACUGUCCCCUGGUCAAGCCCCAAAAGGACAAAAAGGAGAGUCUGGUGUCAUGGGCCCCCCUGGAAUGCCUGGCCAAGAUGGACGAAAGGGACAAAAAGGUCAUCCUGGUCCCUCUGGUCUCCCAGGUGAACCUGGUGAACGGGGAGAUGAUGGAAGCCCUGGGGCCAAAGGCUAUCCUGGCAGGCAGGGUUUACCUGGGCCGAUAGGGAAAAUGGGACCAAAAGGAGUCAGGGGUCACAUUGGCAUCCCUGGGCUUUUUGGCUUUCCUGGUCCUGAUGGCGAGAGAGGAAUUCCUGGCGUUCAUGGGAAGAAGGGCAAGAUGGGUAGGCCGGGGUUUCCUGGUGACUUUGGAGAGAGGGGACCUCCUGGCCCUGAUGGGAACCCAGGAGAACUGGGAGCUCCUGGCCCAUGUGGAGUCCCUGGUCUUGUUGGAGACAUGGGCCCUGUUGGUAUCAUGGGCUUACCAGGACCUCCGGGACUCAAGGGAGUACCAGGAAACCCAGGUGAACCAGGACUGAAAGGUGAUAAGGGGGACGUUGGUUUGCCAGGAGAGCCAGGGGAGUGUGGUUUCCAAGGUGACAAGGGUAUCCGUGGCUCACCUGGGUUACCAGGUCCUUGUGGAAAACCUGGACCACAGGGUAAACCUGGUGAGCAUGGCCCUGAUGGUUUACCUGGUCCUCCUGGCCCAGAGGGCUUUCCAGGUGACAUUGGCCCACCAGGUCAAAAUGGCCCAGAGGGACCUAAGGGGAAGCAAGGGACAAGAGGCUUACCCGGUCCACGAGGAACACCUGGACUUCAGGGUGAUGAGGGACCGAUUGGGCUAGCUGGAUCUGCUGGACUCGAGGGCAGGCCUGGGAGGCAGGGAUUCCCUGGACUGACAGGCCCAGACGGACUCAAGGGCGAGACCGGGAUAACUGGAGAGGUCGGAAAGCUUGGCGAGAGGGGGCUGCCUGGCUUCAUCGGGCCUGUUGGAGAGAUGGGCAUUGCUGGAGAAAAGGGGGAUCGGGGAAAAACAGGCGAUCCUGGGCCACCAGGGGAACCGGGGCCGAUGGGUCACACUGGAAUACCUGGAGAGAGGGGUUCAACUGGGCCGCAAGGGAUCCCAGGUCCUCCUGGUUCGUGCGGAUCCAACGGCAUCAGAGGUCCCAAAGGCAGGAGGGGACCGAGGGGUCCUGAUGGCCCACUGGGGGAGAAAGGAUCUACUGGAGUAACGGGUCCUGAUGGUCCACCAGGAAAAUUAGGCCUCCCUGGGGAUAUGGGGAGGCUUGGCGAGCCAGGUGAAGCCGGGCCUAAGGGAUUUCCAGGUGUUCAAGGACCCUCAGGACCUCCAGGAGCCAAAGGAAUUGCAGGAGAGCAAGGACCAACAGGGCCAACAGGAACAAUUGGGCCACUUGGGGAGAUGGGGCUGAGGGGGCUGCCAGGGAAGGAUGGAGAGAGAGGACUGCAUGGUGAACCUGGAGAGAAGGGCAGCGUUGGUCCACCUGGCAACUUCGGAGAACAGGGUUUGAUUGGCCAGAGAGGUGAGAUAGGCAUUGAUGGGGAGGCUGGACCAAGCGGACCUGAUGGAGCCAAGGGUGAAAAGGGGGAUGCUGGUCCAGAGGGCGCUAAAGGAGAGAGGGGUGAAAUUGGCCUGAAAGGAAAGGAAGGACCUCUCGGGCCUCCUGGACUGUCAGGUGUAAGGGGUCAGGAGGGUAAACCUGGCAAAAUUGGUGAUAGAGGAAAACAAGGAGAAAAGGGGAGCAAGGGUCACCAAGGUCACCUGGGUGAGACUGGACCAAUCGGUGAGCCGGGGGAGCCAGGGUUUGUUGGACAGAAGGGUGCAAGAGGAACCAUUGGUCCAGUGGGUGCUCCUGGAAGAAUGGGCCAACAAGGAGAUCUAGGUAUACAAGGUUACGAGGGUUACAUGGGACAGCAGGGCCCACUGGGACCUCCCGGGCCAAAAGGUGAAAAGGGGGAACCGGGAGAGGACAGCAAGAUAGAAGGUCCCUCAGGUCCCCAAGGUGAUAGAGGUUCUCCUGGAGACAGAGGAGAUAGAGGAGAGCCGGGUGACGUCGGACACAUUGGUCAAAUAGGUGUCGAUGGAAGGAGAGGUGAAGCUGGUGCCCCUGGGUUUCCUGGACAUCCUGGGCCAAAGGGACAACCAGGGCUAAAAGGAUCCAAAGGUGCUCAAGGUCAGAAAGGAAAAUCAGGAGCGAGAGGCACAUCUGGAACCAAAGGACCACCAGGUCCAGAGGGCCGGACUGGCCCAAGGGGCGUUGUGGGCAGGGAGGGCCUUGAGGGGCCGCCUGGAAUAGAUGGACUGCCUGGUAAAGAUGGAGGCAAAGGAGUCCAGGGGGAGCAAGGAGAAGAUGGAGAAAUGGGCUUACAUGGCAGACCUGGGCAGCAGGGUAAAACUGGCGUGACAGGGCUUCCUGGCAGUCAAGGCUACUUUGGACCAAAGGGUGAAAGGGGUCUCCCAGGCCAAACUGGUCCUACAGGAAAGAGAGGCUACAUUGGUGGGAUGGGAUUGCCAGGAAGACAAGGAGACAUGGGCUCCAAAGGACAACCAGGGGAUUUUGGUGAACAAGGAUUUCCAGGGGUGCUGGGUCUCUUUGGACCAAAGGGACCUCCAGGAGACAUUGGCCCAGCAGGGAUACAGGGACCAAGAGGACCACGUGGUUUGAUGGGGAUGGAGGGAGCUUUGGGUCCCUUUGGCAUCAUUGGCCCCAGCGGUCAUCCUGGACCCCAGGGUGACAAAGGAAGUCGGGGGGAGACGGGGUUGCAAGGACCGAGGGGAUCUCCUGGUCCAAGUGGACCACCUGGACCACCAGGUCUUCCCAGUUCUGCCUUUUCACUUAAAAAUGAGGCUCUUGGUGCUGCCUUUCAAGUCAUCAUGGAUUCCCAUGCUGCAUUGAAGCCAGAGAAUUAUCAGAGCAUGGACCUGCCCAUGUUAGACCAAAGCACAGAAAUCUUCAAGACCUUGCAGCAUCUCAGCACGCUCAUCCAGAGUCUAAAGAACCCGCUGGGAGCCCGCGACAAUCCUGCGCGAAUCUGCCGAGACCUCUACAACUGUGAACAGAGGAUGUACGAUGGCACUUACUGGAUCGACCCAAACCUUGGCUGUGCUGCUGACACCGUUGAGGUGACGUGCAACUUCACUGGUGGAGGACAGACUUGCCUGAAACCAGUCACAGUUUCCAAGUUGGAGAUCGGAGUGGGUCGUAUCCAGAUGAACUUCAUCCACCUUUUGAGCACAGAGGCAGUGCAGCACAUCACUGUUCACUGCCUCAACACACCUGUGUGGGCAGCAGGACCCUCCUUAUCACCCUCUACCCAGGCUGUGAGCUUCAAGGCCUGGACCGGGGAGAAGAUUCAGGCAGGAGACCUCUUGGAACCGCUCAUACCCAAGGAUGAAUGCUGGAUAAAAGAUGGCCGCUGGCAUCAGACCCACUUCAUCUUUCAGAGCCAAGACCCAAACUUACUCCCCAUAGUGGAUGUAUACAACCUACCAGCCACAGAAUCUGGUUCACGUUUUCACCUUGAGGUUGGACCAGUUUGCUUCUUAUAGGACCCCCAGUGUGUGUGUGUGUGCGCGCGUAUGUUUAUGUGUGUAUGUAUGUGUGCGAGUCUGAUGGUGGGGGCCU